CACGUCUCUUCUCUCGUAGGGAUCUCUGGGAAAAGCCAGAUUCUUUUUGCAUUGGUCUUCACCACCCGUUACCUGGAUUUACUCACCUCUUAUAUCUCGCUUUAUAACACCUUCAUGAAGGUUGUCUACAUUGGCUGUGCGUAUGCCACCGUGUACUUGAUCUACAUGAAAUUCAAGGCGACAUAUGACGGCAACCACGACACGUUCCGGGCCGAGUUCUUGGUGGUGCCCGUGGGUGGGCUAUCCUUUCUCGUCAACCACGACUUCAGCCCUCUUGAGAUCCUGUGGACCUUCUCCAUCUACCUGGAGUCUGUGGCGAUCCUGCCACAGCUGUUCAUGAUCAGCAAGACUGGCGAGGCAGAGACCAUCACCACCCACUACCUGUUCUUCUUGGGGCUGUACCGGGCGCUGUACCUCAUCAACUGGAUCUGGCGUUUCUACUUUGAAGGCUUCUUCGACCUGAUCGCCAUUGUGGCCGGCGUGGUGCAGACCAUCCUCUACUGUGACUUCUUCUACUUGUAUGUCACGAAAGUACUGAAAGGAAAGAAGCUCAGCCUUCCUGCUUAAGUGC